AUGGCCUCCUCCCUCGCCCCAAAACCACGGCCGAGGCCAGCCCACCUUUCGGGCACAACCCGUCUCGCAUACACACCCUCCGGAGCGCGGCUCGUGACAGUCGGCUCAAACAAUACGAUCCGUCUGUACCGCACGCACCACGAUGGCGAGCCCUACAACAUUGAUGAGUGCCCCGAGCAGAACUUGGCUGUUGCCGCGGGCGGUCCCUCGGACGACUUCUUUGUCGUUGGUUCGGAAGACGGAACGGUCAGCGUCUACUCCGUCGAGAACACCUCCUUCGAACGUUACCUUGUCCGCACAUCUCUCCCCGUUCGUGACGUCGCACUAUCGCCUGAUGCGAAAUGGUGUGCCGUCGCGAGCGAUGAGUUGACCGUCAAGGUGGUCGAUACGCAAGACAACUCGCGUGUUCGUACGCUGAAGGAUCACGGGCGGCCGACGAAACAUCUCGCAUUCGACCCUAAAGGGGGUCUUCUGGCCCUGGCGUGUACAGAUGGAGUCAUCUACAUCUAUUCCAUGACGGCAGAGCAGCCCGAGCUGAUUCGCAAGGUCGACGGCGUCAUUGGCCCUCUGGACUCUGAUUCGGAGAGUUCCGCCAGGAUCGCAUGGCACCCCGACGGAAGGGCCUUUGCCGUCCCGACGCCGAUGCACGAUGUCCAGGUAGUUUCCAAGAACGACUGGGAAAAGCAGAGGACUUUCGCCAACGGACAUUUAGGAGAUGUCACGGCGCUGGCGUGGUCGCCCAACGGCGCCAUGUUGGCGACCGCCGGCAAGGACGGCAAACUCUUGAUCUGGGAGACUAAGACGCAGAGCGUGAUCCAAAAGUUUGACUACAGCAACGUCAUUGAUAUUGCGUGGCAUCCCAAGGACAAUCUGCUGUCGUUUACAACGUCAGAAGGCGAGGUCUACAUCUACCCGAAUCUCAUCUCGGAGCAGUUUUCGAGUUUCCUUGCGCUGCCACGCCAGCCGGCACCCUUCAUCCACGAUCCCCUGGCCGAGAUCUCCAACAAUGCGCGGAGGCCGGAUGUGAACGGGGCCAAGGCGGGGAUCCCUUCGCGGCCGCGGCGUGACUCUCUCGGCAGCUUGGACUCGUUCCUGAACGGAGCUGACGGCUACGAUGACGGGGAUGACUUCGUAGUCGAUGACGACGGCGCUGGCUACACCUCGGGGACGAAGCGAGCCCACGAAGGCGGCGAUGAUGGGGUCCGCGCAAACAAGCGCCGCCUCAUGGAGCCGACGUUUCAUGAAGCUUUCCAGCCCGGCUCGACGCCGUGGCGUGGCAACCGCAAGUACCUCUGCCUGAACCUGAUCGGUGUCGUCUGGACCGUCGACCAGGACGGUCACAACACCGUGACGGUUGAGUUUUACGAUCACGAGCUCCACCGUGACUUCCACUUCACAGACACUUACCUUUAUGACAAGGCAUGUCUGACAGAGCAUGGAGCUUUGUUCUCCUGCCCCCCUCAAGACAACACCCCGGCCACCAUCUUCUACCGCCCGCACGAGACGUGGACGCAGCGUACCGACUGGCACACGCAGCUGCCCAAGGGCGAGGCCGUCGUCGCCAUGUCGCUGAGCGACUCAUUCAUUACCGUCACCACCACGGGCAACUACGUGCGCAUCUACACCCUCUUCGGCGUUCCGUACCGGGUGUACCGCCCCAAGAGCACCCCCAUGGUCACUUGCGCGAGUUGGCGAGACUAUGUCAUUACCAUGGGUAACGGUGCCGUUGGUGCAGAUGGAAACGCCCGCCUCCUGUACACGAUCGAGAACAUCAAGCGGGAUGAGAUUUGCCAAAACGAAGACACGGUCGCACUACCCGAUGGCGCGACGUUGCAGACCGUCUUCUUCUCAGACAAUGGUGACCCUUGCAUUUAUGACUCGACAGGAACUCUUCUCACGCUGCUGCAUUGGCGGAAGCCGUCGCGCGCCUGCUGGGUUCCCCUUCUCGACACGAAGCUUCUCCCGCGUCUGGCGUCUGGACGAAAGACCGAGACUUACUGGCCCAUCGCGGUCGCCGACAACAAGUUCCACUGUAUUAUCUUAAAGGGCGGGGAUCAAUAUCCUUACUUCCCCCGCCCCCUACUCUCAGAAUUUGACUUCUCCGUGCCUCUCACCUCCGCUCCGCUUCCGCCUCCGGAUGCGGACUCCACAGAUCAGCAGAAUCCUGACGAGGACGAUGAUUCUCGUCGCGAGUCGCGCAAGCUCGAGCAGAAACUGGUUCUGUCGAGCGUCCAGACGGCCCAGCUGCGCGACCUCAUCGACAAUACCGAUUCCACGCUCUCGCAGCGGGCCGGCCUGGCACGCCUCGAGCUUGAUCUUGACAAGACGCUUCUGCAACUACUCGCUAUUGAGUGCCGUGAGGGCGAAGAGAGAGGCAUGCGCGCUCUUGAGAUGGUGGGUCUUAUGCGUGAUCGGACGGGCCGAAUGAUUGAGGCGGCAGGCAAGGUUGCGGAGCGGUACGGACGGACGAUCCUGGGAGACAAGAUCCGUGAGAUCGGGGAGCGGCGGGUCAGCGGCAUGGACGUCGACGAUGGCGACUUUUAG